AUGCUCAUAACUGGCGUCUGGCCAGAUCCAGAGACAAGGAAUGGCCGAUCAGGGGGCUACAGAGCUUUAAUAUCCUGUUCCUGUAUUAUGUCCUUUAUUGUUAUGCCGCAAACCUUGAAUUUGUUUCGACUGGACGGAGACCUCGAACUGAUUACCCAAACCCUGACAUUGGCGCAAAUCCCUGCCCUGAAUGCAGUCAUAAAAAUAGCUUUCGCUUGGUAUCGUCAAACAGAUCUUCAGCCCCUCGUCAAGUCUUUCUACGACGACUGGUACACCGUGAGGACCGAGGAGGAACGGGAAACCAUGUUGAACCACGCUAAAGUCACGAAGAAUAUAUCCAUCUGUUGCACCAUCCUAACCCAGACUAUGGUUACCGCGUACAUCAGUCUCCGUUUGUUCGAGAUACUAACCAGCGACUGGAACGAAGAAUCGCAACACCGUUUAGUAAUCUAUCCUGGCUUCUUUCCGUUCAACGUAAGACCAACGUUGAUCUGCAUACUGAUCAACAUGGCGCAGGUUUUUGCCGCUUACUGCGCUAGAGAAGUUGAUGGAAGAAACGAACGGGCCAAGAAAAGCGUACGAGAGAGAGAUGGAGUUAGUUUGGAUCGUGAAAAGACACGAGCAUCAGAACUGGUGAACAAUAGGCUCCUAUUUUUGAGGCAGAAUCAAUUGACUUGCUCGAGGCCACCUUUCCAAAAUGGUCUAAGAUUGUUGUAG